UAGAGUGAGUAUCUUAUGACAGCAUUAAAAUUAAAAUUAUUAAUUAUUCCUAUUUUUUCUCGGCCACAGCAGAAUCGUAGCAUUUCUUCAAGCAACAUACUUGUCGUUUUGUACCUAAAUUAAAUUAAAUUAAAUUAUUUAUUUUUAUUAAUUGUUUGUGUGAAUGAUUCAAUGACUCACUUAUUACCAGAGGCUAAUGCCAUUCUCAUUAUUUCUGUCAUAGAGAGAUAUUAGAAAAAUAGUAAGUAUACUAGAAUGCUAUUCCAGAAUCAGUGUUUUUGAAUGAACCGACUGAAUGAAUGAUUCAGUGACUUGUUUAUAAAGUCUUGUCACCCAUAUGUAAGCACACUUAUUAUUAUUAUUAUUAUUACAAAGAUGGUUGACGCUGUCAUUGCUAAUUUGCUGGCAAAAAUAUUGGUGUUGCUAUGUUUUGUUUUGUUUUUUGAACCAGCAGGGGGUAGUAUUGUACUAGUACUAUUUGUUCUGAAGAUGCUCAACCGUUCCUAUCCUUUAUUCAGAUUUUAUAUAGGCCUACUCUAAUGCUGUAACAGUUGUUUUCCUUUCAAAAGCUUUAGACCAUCAAUCAUAAAGGAGUCAUGAAUUAUGAUUUGACAACAGAGUAUUCAUUGCAAUGGUGUUCCCGCACUGUGUGUAAAUUCCCAGUUUAACUUUUUGCAGAAAUGAAGUAUGAAAUAUGAAGUAUGAAGUAUUAAAUUAAUUUGAUAUCCACAAUUUUUUUUCAUCCAGAAAAUACUAAAUUACAAUGUAAAUCUGUUUAGCUGGCACAUGAGAAACAGGAUACGCUUUCUCUUUGUGUGUUUCUUUCUGUAUCUUGUUAUUGUGUUUUCGGUCUGGCUAAAAUAUCCUGCAGUUAAGGAUGAAAUCAAAAAAUUGUUGUAAAUCCUUAUUAGGGAUGUUUCCCUAUACAUUUAUGAAUUAAGGCUUAUAAAUUACAGAACACACCCACAGUAAAGAUUCUGUCAAAUCUGUCCUUAUCUGACUGUGCAGGUUGUUUGACUUCUUGAAAAAGUAUGAUUCUCUUACGUCACGCUAUGCAUUUUACAACCUCUCCAAAUCAGAUUUAGUGAUCUCUGCAGACACAUGAAUAAAUCUAUACUGAGAAUAAGAUUGAAGAACACAAGGAUCUGACUGCUUUCACUGCUUUCCAGUGGACAAGAACAGAAAAUCAUCAAGGUGUGACGCAUCCAAGGCAAGCAUAACAUGUGAAACAUGUUCUCACACUGAGGGGCUUUUUGGAAUAAACAAGUGUAUAUGCUUCAUUCAAAGUUCUUUGUCAGAUUUCACCAUCACUCAGUCAGAAAUGACCCUUUCGCCUUUAGCAGGGGUGUCUUGAUCUAGCAGCUCUCAGAACACAAUAGAUGAUGCUCGCAUGCGAGCCAGAUGGACAAAGGCUAUUUUCGGUGCUCUGUGUUUCAUGCCUUGUGGCAGAUUAUCACAUUUCUCGUAUUCAUAAUGUUCUAUUCCCAGGAGAUGAUGCAACAUUUUAUGUUUCAAAUGAUUUAUACACAAUAGACUCUUAAAUGCUGUUUUAUAACAAAGUUCGGGAGGAACAGUCGCAGUUCAUUAACCUGAUUAACACAAGUGGAGACCAAUCAGUAAUCAACUCAUGACAAGGUAUAAAUAACAGCAGAACCUAUCUCUGUUCAUUGACAGUUUCAGCAUCCCGGUUCGCGCUGUCUGUCAUCUUAUCACAGACGAAAUCUUCCUUCCAACAAGGAGAUCCAUACCGGUGAUUUUUCAGAUAUGCUACUUUGCUGACCAUGAUCAUUAAACACGGCCGUUGAGCACCAUCAAACGUCAUCGCGACAGCUGCUCUUCGUGCCAAGCCACACGUCGUGGCCAAAAGACCGUGCAAAAUUCAAGCUCGCCUCGCUUGACACCACAAUUGAUCCGAUCAAGACCGGGCUCUCUUUGAGCGCUGGAAUCGCAGCACCAGCAGGCAUUCAACCAGCCCGCUCCUCAGUUCUUACUGCAGCAAGCCUCUUUCACUUCCCGCAGCGGCUCAGCCUUUCACCGCGGCUUUUUCCGGCCGAGGCGAAGUUUGAGGCCGCCUCCUGCGUCAUAAAUCAAUACAUUUUCAGAUGAAGACGGUAAAUACAGGUUUCCGGCCAGAAGUAGUGCGAGAGCCGCGUGGAGUUCCGAUCACAUAUGUAUGUGGAAAUUCAGAUCCAAAUUGAGCCUCGGAUGCGUUCAAAUAUUUAAACUUCUGGACCAGGCCGUGUGCAAACGCCCGACCGGAUGUGAUCUUUCGGUGCGAGACUUUUAUUGUUAACCAAAAGAAGAAGAUUCAAUUUAUAACGUGGGAAGGAACUGUACUGUAAUUUAGGAGGAGGGAUGAGACACUCCCUGCACCUGAAUUAUGCCUGGGGUCCACGCUAUAUAAGAAACAUCUCAUCACCUUUCUCAAAUAGUGUCCGUUCCCUUGCCUGAGAGCUAAACAGCAAGAAUGAUGCUGUGGCUCUGCGUCUGUGCACUGGCUCUCGUCCUGCAGCCAGUUCACUCGGCCUAUAACUGCUCCACAGUGUUUAACAGGGUUCCAGACAACAAUGAUCUGGCGGUAGACUGUGGCACUAACAUGAUCACUUUGGAAGUAAACCUGUGCACUGCUGAGUGGGCAGGCUUUGACCCCGACGGCCUGGCCCUGAACGGGGAGCGUAAUGAUCCCCAGUGCAAGGGGACCAUUGAUACCACUGUCGACCCACCUGUCAUCCGCUAUCAUCUGCCAUUCAACCACAGCCAGGAGAACCCAUGUAGACAGUCUCUGCAGAUUGUGGAUGAGGUGCCCAGCUCCUCUGGUCCAUUCAGCAUGUUCUCCAGCAUUCAGUCCGUCAUUAUCACAGGAUACAUUGAUACAGCCAGCUCCUCAGAGAGCGUCAUCAGUUACUCCACAGACCUUUACUACCACUUCUCUUGCCGCUACCCACUGGAAUAUCUCAUCAACAACACUCAGAUUGUGGCGUCAUCAGUGUCAGUGGCCACUAGAGACAACAAUGGUACUUUCAUCGACACACUCAGCAUGGGAGUCUUCAAUAGCACAGAUUUUAACAGCCCAUUGGUGGUUCCACCUACUGGAUUAGAGCUGCGCAGUAAAGUCUAUGUUGAAGUAAAAGCUGCCAAUCUGACUGGAAAUUUCCAUCUCUUGCUGGACCACUGUUUUGCAACCCCAUCACCUUAUAAUCAAACCAACAACAUACAGCACACCUUUUUCACAGGAUGUGUGGUACAGAACCGGACAGCGGUGCUUUAUAAUGGCGUUUCCAAGUUUUCCAGAUUUUCAUUUGAAGCUUUCCGCUUUGUGGAGCACCGUAAUCAAGAAAUGUCUACUAUAUACCUGCACUGCAUACUGCGACUCUGUGAACCGAACAGGUGUCAAGAACUACUUGAUUCUUGCAACAGAACACGAAGGCGAAGGGCCCUAGAACCUUACGGAUCGCCAGUUAAAGAUGCUGCCACAGUGUCUGUGGGUCCUCUAUACACCGCAGCCCUGAAGAAUGAGGUUCCCUCUGCAUUGACCUCUGGAGGCAGAGAGCCGUUAAACAGGGACAAUAUGAAUGUGGCUGGAGUGGUGGUGGGGGUCAUUUUUGCCACCGGCGGUGCUGUGUUGCUGGUUAUGGCUGGAUGGUUUGUCAUGAAGAGGUUUUGCUGGGCCGGUGUUCUGCCUCAAGCUUUCCACUAAGAGAUCCAUCAACUCGCCAUCUGUUUUGCGUUGAAUGAAGCUUAAUUUGAUAUGCUGAUAAGUCGUCUGAUCACAUCACAUAAUGCCUAUUUAGCAUAUUUUAAUCUAUUUAGACAGCACUGUGCAGACUAGUCAUCAUGCACUUGGAAUAAAACUCAAAUGCUUAGUUCUCUUAUGUAAAUGCGAAUACUGCUGUUGAGUUUGUUUUGUAUGUUUUAGAUGUGUGUUAGCAGAAUGAUACAGUAAGAGGCACAGCUGAAUUACUGAGAGGAACAAACUGUGCAUAAAAUCCUUUUGUAAAAUUUUGAUUACACAUUGCUUCUUCUACACGUUAGCUCAGGGGUUUUCAAACUAUUUGAUGCCAGGACCCUGAUUGAAAGACCCUCUUCUUGAAAUUUAAAGGCAGCUAUAUUUUACCAUUUAUAUUGUGUGAGAAAUAUUAAGUUUGAUAUUAUAAAGAUGUUGUUUUCUAAAUUAAAUCUUUGGUUUUUAGUUUGACUGUAUCAUAAAAAGGACAAGUACAAGUUUUCUACUGACUAUUAGAGAUGCAUUUAGAGUAAUAAAAAAAAAAUAGUAUUUGUAAUUAAAUUCAGAUUCAUUUGUAAAGAGCUUAUAUAUAUUUUGUGUUAAAAAUGAUUGAUAAACAAGUUAACUUUGACAGCCCUAAAAAAGUAUUUAAAAAGGUUUUCUUUUAUAGUUUGAAGUAGUUUACAACAUAGUUUUCUUUGUGUAUAAUUUUUUUCUCAUUUUCUACAGAGCCCAGUUUGAA